AUGAACUUCCAGCUUGAGGUUGCGUCGACUGCGACGCUUGCAGUGAGCGUCAUAGUCUUCGCCUCAAGUGGUUGGUAUUCCAUAUCCAUCAUUGCCCGAAGAUUGACGGGGAAGUCAGAAUCAUGGCUCAGUGGAUCGCCAACGAAUAAUGCACUAUAUGAAGACGAAGAUGGGAGGGCAACUGAAGCAUCUACCAAGGCGUUUUCGGAUAAAUGGCAGCGGCUGAUUCUGGCUCUGCUAUCAGCUAUAUGGGUUGGUUGCGCGCUGUCUCUGGCUAUCAUCACGUUGAUCCCGUCACGGAGUCCAUUGCUUGUCCCAUUCUGGCUACUGGGCCUCAACUCGUUCGUACUCUGCCUCGAAACGGUCGCUUUUUUCGCUGUGCCAUCCUCCGUGGACCGGUACAAUCUUGCCAUCUACGCUUUCUGGACAAGCAAUCUCACCGGUACGCUUCCCGGCAUCGAACUCUACGCUUUCGGAUCUCUGCCAGGUUGGACAAACUACGCCCAGUUGGAAAGUCCUACGACUUGGCUCCUUCUUGCGCAGAUCACAGCGGGACUCUUGCGAAGUGUGUGCUGCCUCUUGAUCCCCCGUCGCCCUGACGUCUACCAUAAUGGCCAAGUAGUGGACCAAGAGUUCUCCGGCAGUCUCUUGAGUCGCUUCACGUACAGCUGGGUGAAUGAGUUGCUGGAAUAUACCCGGCGGAAUAGGUGUGAUAUGGAAAUUGACAAUCUUCCCCACCUACGGUCCUCCGGGCGUGCAGAGAACCUGCACACGCGCUUUGAACAAGUACAGGGAGGGAAAAGUCUCUGGAAAGCCAUCCUAUUGGCGCAUUGGCCGUCGCUCCUGCAGCAGUAUGUGCUUGGUUUAUGUCAGUGCGUGUUGAGUUUUGGCCCACAGGUCGCACUCUAUGGUAUUCUGAAAUCAUUGGAAAAUCGGUCAGCAGCUUCAUGGGACGAGAUCCAGUCGUGGCUGUGGGUAGCCGCGCUAGGAUUGCUCUUGUUGUUUGGAUCCGGUGUUGACUCGUGGCUCUGGUGGAUCACAUACUCGAAACUGGCAGUUCCUGUGUACCAGGAGUUGACAGCCACUGUGUUUGCGAAAGCAAUGAUAUGCAAAGACGUGAAGCACACUACAACCGCUAAGCAAUCCGCAGGGGUGGAGGGCCCCGAAGAGCAGAAAGACUGCGGCCGGAAUACGAUCAACCUGGCUGCCGUAGAUGCCAAGCGCGUGUCAGAUUUCGCCAUGUUUAAUCAUCAAAUCCUGAUUUCCGUCGCGCAACUGGUAAUUUCAUCGGCUUUCUUGGUCAGCUUGAUUGGAUGGCGCAGCCUGCUGGCGGGAAUUACCGUGGCUGGGCUGAUGAUGCCGGUUAAUGCCUACGUCACGAGACGGUACUCAGACGCGCAAGAGGAGCUCAUGAAGGCGACGGACAGGCGCACGAAGUUGCUGACCGAGGUGUUGCGAGGCAUCCGACAGAUCAAAUUUUCCGCCAUGGAACAACAAUGGCAGGACCGCAUUACUGAGAAGCGCAAUGCAGAGCUAGCCGUGUUAUGGAAGACGUCGCUGUACAACAGUGUCCUGGUGUUCAUCUGGAUCUCGGUCCCAGUUAUGCUUUCGGCCGCUUCGCUCUCAGUGUAUGCGCUAAUCCAUGGUGAACUGACUCCGUCCAUUGCCUUUACUUCCAUGUCCGUUUUUGUAUCCUUGGAGAGCUCGCUGUCGUCCUUGCCAGAGAUGCUCGCACGUGGGCUGGAGGCCAAGGUCAGCAUAGAUCGCAUAAAUGCAUAUAUCACGUCUCCUGAGAAAGAGAUCCAUACGACAGAUGUGGAUCAGAUUUCGUUUGAGGAUGCAGCGAUCACGUGGCCGAGCGACGGCGCGGCAGAUGGACCUGAACCGUCGGAUAGCGAGCAUCGCUUUGUUUUGUCCAAUUUGACAUUGCGCUUUCCCCCUAAAGCUCUGAGCGUGAUUUCUGGAAAGACCGGGACUGGCAAGAGUCUCCUCUUAGCCUCUAUACUCGGUGAGUGCGAUGUGGUGGGCGGGUCCAUCAAGGUGCCGCGUGCACCCUCGCUUGAUGAGCGGUACGACGAUCAGGCCACACCCACCAACUGGAUCAUCGAUACGGCUGUUGCGUACGUGGCACAAAAUCCCUGGAUUGAAAAUGCGACAGUCAAGCAGAAUAUUCUGUUUAGGUUACCGUUCGACGGGACACGAUACCGCCAAGUACUUUUCGCGUCAGGACUGGAUCGGGACCUCAGUAUGUUCCCCGAUGGCGAGUUGACCGAUAUUGGAGCCAAUGGUGUUAAUCUGAGCGGGGGUCAACGAUGGCGAAUCUCAUUCGCACGUGCGCUAUACUCGCGGGCCGGAAUUCUGGUCAUGGACGACAUCUUUAGCGCCCUCGAUGCCUACACCGGACGCCAUGUCUACGAACAUGGACUUACUGGGCCUUUGGGUCAGAAUCGCACGAGGAUCCUGGUCACUCAUCAUGUGGGACUAUGCUUGCCUUCUACAGACUAUUGCAUUGUACUUGACAACGGAACCAUGAAAGAUGCAGGAUCAGCCAAAGACUUGAUCAACCGGGGAAGCCUGACUGAUCUUCUGAAUGAGACAAGCGUGACAGAGACACAUGAUGGCAAAGGCCAAGAGGUGUCAGUAGAAGAUAUUCCGCGACAUGAAGAAGGACCUUCCAGCGCUACGGAACAAACGGCGAAUUCCAACGACACAAAUGCCGCAGGAAAUGCUCCGCGCACAUUCACAUCGGAGGAGAAGCGCAAGACGGGAGCCAUUUCCCUGUCUGUAUACGCAGCAUAUAUCGCACGUGGAAAUCGGGUGUGGCUGUGGGCACUCGCUCUGCUUGGAUAUGCUUUGUACAUGGCACUGAUGAUUGGCCGAUCCUGGUGGCUUAACGUCUGGACGAACUCGCCCAAUUCCCAUGUUCAUCAUACGCAUCCUGAAUCAAUCAUGGGUUACAGUGUCUCAACCAAAGUCAUAUCAGUGCAAAUCGACAGCAGCCUGCAAUAUUUCCUGGGUCUCUAUGUGGCUAUCUCCAUUGCCGCCUGCGUGUUCGGGACAGUGCGAUACCUAGCUGCAGUGGUCGCCACCAUUGCCUCUUGUCGUCAACUAUUCAACGACGUCCUAACUCCAGUGCUGCGUGCACCCCUUCGAUGGCUUGACACAGUGCCAAUGGGGCGCAUCCUGAACCGUUUUACCUCGGACAUGUACGUCCUGGACUCGAAGCUUGGUACCACACUGUCCACUUUAGUGGUUAGGGCCUCACAAAUCGCGGGGAUCUUGAUCGCCGCCGUGAUGGUAUCUCCAUGGCUCCUAGUGCUUGCCAGUGUACUACUGGUCUGCUGCCUGCAACUCUCCUCCACAUUCCUAGUGGGUGCGCGUGAAAUCAAGCGCCUUGAGAGCAUUGCGAAAAGUCCCGUGUUAGAGCAUUUUGGCUCAAGUCUGAGCGGGCUUCUCACCAUUCGCGCGUUCGGCAAGACUGAUGUGUACAUCGACGGUAUGCAUGCGCGAAUCGACCGCCACGCCCGAGCGUCCUGGUAUGCAUGGCUCUUCAACCGUUGGCUAGGUCUUCGCAUGACAUUUGCGGGUGCCGUAUUUACAACCACCACGGCUGCGCUGGUCGUUUACAUGCCCACCAUCUCCGCCUCUAUGGCUGGCUUUGUCAUGAGCUUUGCCCUGCAGUUCAACUUCGCUGUCUCCCUAGCUAUACGCUCUUAUGCAACUUUGGAAAUGGACAUGAAUGCGACCGAGCGUGUGCUAGAGUACGCCAGUCUCGAGACAGAGGACCAGGCCGGCCUACAACCCCCGGCGGCGUGGCCAACCCAUGGCCGCAUUGAGGUUCAGGAUCUUGUAGUAGGCUACGCACCGGAGCUGCCACCUGUGCUCAAUGGCCUCAGCUUUACUGUGGAGAUGAACCAGCGUGUGGGCGUUGUGGGUCGUACAGGCGCAGGGAAAUCGUCUUUAGCGCUGGCGUUGUUCCAAUUCUUGAAGCCGCGACAGGGCCACAUCUAUAUUGGUGGGUUGGAUAUCACAAAACUCAAUCUACAUGCUCUACGCAGCCGUCUGGCUGUUAUACCGCAGGACCCGGUGCUAUUUUCUGGCACUCUACGGUCCAACCUAGACCCUUUCGACGAGCAUACGGAUUUGGAGCUGUACAAUGCCCUUGAGCGUGUGCACUUACUAUCAUUUGAUGACACUGCAACGCUUCCCUCUAUCUCUACGCCGGCCAGCUCCGUUAACUCAUCCUGGCUUCUUGAUAUGGAUGCCGGCAAGACUAACAUGUUCUCCUCCCUGGAGUCCCCAAUAUCUGACGGGGGGAUGAACUUGUCACAAGGCCAACGACAGUUGCUCUGUCUUGCACGUGCCAUCGUGUCGCAGCCUAAGAUCAUGAUUUUGGACGAAGCUACCUCGGCGGUGGACAUGGAAACCGACGGCCUGAUUCAGGAGUCAAUCCGCACUGAAUUUGGACGCAAUGAUUCAUCGUUGUUGGUGAUCGCGCAUCGAUUAAGCACAAUUGCGGAUUUCGAUCGUAUCUUGGUCAUGGAUGCUGGACGUGCGGUGGAAUCUGGGACUCCGCGAGAAUUGAUGGAGAUCGAGAGCGGGUUCUUCAAGACUCUUGUGGAAAACAGUGGCGAGAAGGCCGCGGUAGAGAAGGUUAUAUACGAUCAGAGUUCAGACUAG